GCGGAGGCGGAGGCGGAGGCGGCGGCGGCGGCGGCGGCGGCGGCAGCGGCGGUGGCGGCGGCGGUGCGGGCGCCGGAGGAGAAGGCGGCGGCGGCGGAGAAGCGGGUGAGGGGCGGCGCGGGGCCCGACCUCUGAGCCCCCUCCUGGCCCCCGGCCCGCGCCGCCUUGCUCCCGGUCGCCCCGGCCCCUCCGCGUGUGCAGGCGCCCAGGGUCCCGGGGCCUCGGGGUUCCCGUCGGCGCCGCACCUCCUGCCCGGUGUUGCCUCUCCCUGCACCCCCAGGCUCCAUCCACUCCUGGUCUCUGCACAUCCAGGCCCCUCGCUGUGCCCCCAGGCUCCUCCCCAGACUCGGGUCGUCCGGACUCUGCAUUCAACCCACUACCCCAGGGCGCACCUGAGACGCCCGGGAGGAGAAGCGAGGGCGCCCCGGCUCCCCGGGGGGGCAGCAUGGUCUCCGGGGCACCAUGGGGCCCGACAGAGUGGACAGAGUGACCGCGCGGGAGCUGUGUGAGAACGACGACCUGGCCACCAGCCUGGUCCUGGACCCCUACCUGGGCUUCCGCACCCAUAAGAUGAACGUCAGCCCCGUGCCCCCUCUGCGGCGACAGCACCACCUGCGCUCGGCGCUGGAGGCCUUCCUGCGGCAGCGGGACCUGGAGGCAGCGUACCGGGCCCUGACGCUGGGAGGCUGGAUGGCCCACUACUUCCAGAGCAGGGGCCCGCGGCAGGAGGCUGCCCUCAAGACCCACAUCUACCGCUACCUCCGCGCCUUCCUCCCGGAGAGCGGCUUUGCCAUCUUACCCUGUACCCGCUACUCCAUGGAGACCAACGGGGCCAAGAUCGUGUCCACCCGCGCUUGGAAGAAGAACGAGAAGCUGGAGCUGCUGGUGGGCUGCAUCGCGGAGCUGCGGGACGACGAUGAGGGGCUGCUGCGGGCUGGGGAGAACGACUUCAGCAUCAUGUACUCCACACGCAAGCGGAGCGCGCAGCUCUGGCUGGGCCCCGCCGCCUUCAUCAACCACGACUGCAAGCCCAACUGUAAGUUUGUGCCGGCAGAUGGGAACGCCGCCUGCGUCAAGGCGCUCCGGGACAUUGAGCCCGGGGACGAGGUGACCUGCUUCUACGGUGACGGCUUCUUCGGGGAGAAGAACGAGCACUGUGAAUGCCACACCUGCGAGAGGAGAGGCGAGGGCGCCUUCCGCCUGUGCCCCAGGGAGCCUUUACCGCCAGGGCCACUGGACAAGUACGAGCUCCGGGAGACCAAGCGGCGGCUGCAGCAGGGCCUGCUGGGCUCCAGGGUCUGCACCCACCUGUCCUCGCUGCGGCAAGACCCCUUCUGCGACCCUUUCUGCGCUGCCUGCCAGCCGCGCCCCCAGCCCUGUGGAGACGUCCUCCCCCUCUGGCUCCAGUGGCUCCCCCAGCCCCCUCUCCGCGUGCGCCCCAGGAAGCGCCGGCGGCCCCAGCCCCGCAGGGCUCCCGCUCCGCCCCUGCUGCUCCCUCAAGCCCAGAUCUCCCUGCACCGCUGGGGAGGCUGCGGCCCCCAAUGCUGCCUGCGUGCGGAGGCGCUGGUGGCGCUGGGCCGGGCACCCCGCCCACGCUGGGCCCCCCAACAGGACUGGCACUGGGCCCGGCGUUACGGCCUGCCUUACGUGGUGCGGGUGGGCCUGAGCCGAGUGGCCCCCACCGUGCCUGCAGCACCCACCCCGAUGGGGCCCCCAGACCCCGUCCCGCUGCCCAAGCAGGCCCUCGCCUUCGCCCCCUUCUCCCCACCCAAGCGUCUGCGACUGGUGGUCAGCCACGGCUCCAUCGACCUGGACGUCCAUGGCGAGGGCCCAUGACGCAGGUGUGGGGAGGCCGCCUCGGCCUGCCCGGUGCUCUGGGACUCUGACCAGCAGGAGCUCGUGGACCUCGGGGAGCAGGCUGACCCGACUCCGGCACAGCUCCCACCCGUGGGGGGGUUGGCUUGGCUCCCCCGGGGACGUGACCCUCUGUGACUGCUGACUCCUGAGCCGCCCUGCCUGCAGGGCGCCCCCCUGACCAGCACCCCCGAAACCUCAGGACUGCCUCCUCCCCCUUCCCCAGGGAGCAAAGCCAUAAGGGGUAGGGGCCACCCUGGCACCCAGGCCUGGAGGGUGGGGCAGACGUGGGGGUGGUCCUCCCUGGAGAUGGCCCUGUGGGAGUGGUGGGCGGCCAGGUCUCAGGGAGGCCCUGCGACCUGACCUCUUUGCUUGGUGCUAUCCCCUGGUGCUAUUGGGGCGUGGGGGCGCCCUCCCCUUCUCCACACGGGUGUGAGGUGUGUUGGGGGAUUGGAAGCACUUGAACUUUGUAUUUUAUUAAAACCUUGUUAUAAGCAAAGCC